CAAUUUGUCAAACAAUUUUGAUUUGAUAAUUUUUGCGUGUCAUUCAGAAAAAAAAUUUAAAACUUUAUUUUGAGAUAAGUCGUGGACAAAAUAAUCAAAAAUCAAAAUGCUAAGUCUCAAUGAAAACUUUCCUGAAUAUGCUGUUCCUGGUGCAAAACAAGUACGCUUCGAACCUUACGCUGACAAUGGAGGCAGCGUCGUUGCAAUAGCCGGCGACGACUACGCGGUCAUCGGGGCUGAUACUCGCCUCAGUACAGGCUUUUCCAUCUACACAAGGGAACAGAAGAAGCUGUUCAAGCUAUCUGACCUGACUGUGCUGGGAGCUACGGGAUGCUGGUGCGACACCCUCACUCUCACAAGACUGCUGCAGGCGCGCAUGCGAAUGUACGAACACGAGCAUAACAAGGCUAUGUCGACACCUGCUGUGGCGCAGAUGCUGUCCACAAUGCUAUAUUACAAGAGAUUUUUCCCUUACUAUAUUUCUAAUGUGUUGGCUGGACUAGAUGCUGAAGGAAAGGGAUGUGUCUACAGCUAUGAUCCUAUCGGCCACUGUGAACGAUCCAAUUACCGCGCCGGUGGCUCUGCAGGCGCUCAGCUACAACCUCUUCUUGACAAUCAAAUUGGUUUAAAAAAUAUGCAAAAUGUUCAAGAAGCACCCCUUCCGAGAGAGAAGGCUUUAGCUCUUCUCAAGGAUGUGUUUAUCAGUGCAGCCGAGCGUGACAUUUAUACUGGCGACUGCAUCUAUAUACUAAUCAUAACAGCCAGUGGUAUCCAGGAGGAGAAGUUCCAACUCCGCAAGGAUUAAAACUUGUAUUGAAUAGUAAAUGUAAAAUAAAGAUUUUUUUAAAUAAA